AUGAGUGAAUCCAUAUCAAAGAAACAUGAAAUUCUUACAGCUUUAGGUGAUUUAAGACUAUCAAUUUUCGAUACCCUGAUCAAUGAUAAAAUGUGGAAUAGAAUUGCUAAUGAUAUCUUAAAAACUCCAUCAUUCAACUCUAAUCUUGAUAAACUCGACGAUUCCAAUGUGUUGUCAAUGAUCAGGCUGUUACCCAGUUAUGAGAAAUUGUUAAUAAAUUUCAAAGAGAAAUUACAAAUAAUCAUUAAUUCUUGUCAACCAAAUGAUUAUGACAAUUUAAUCACAAUACUACUGAAUUUAUCUGGCAGUAGUGAUAACAAUACACUCCCAAAUAAUAAUAAUAAUUCUGAUCUGUUACAAUUAUUAUCAUCUUCAUCAUUGAAUCGAUAUACAAAACAAUCAACUGAUUUACACGACAAUCUGGAUAUCAGUAGUAGUAGAAGUAGUAUGAGUCGUAGUAAUCAUAACGAUCCUCCUCUAUAUGAUGAUAUCAAUUGUGACAGGAAAUCUUCACGUCGUUACUCUGGAUUCUCUGAUCUAUCCUCUGUUUGGAUACCAUCGAAUUCAUCAUGUUCUUUGGCAUCACCCUCGUCAUCGUCUACAUCGAGCGGAGAUAGUUCAUUAACUCUAUGUCCAAAGUCGUCAUCAUCAUCCUUACAAGCAAAACAUCAUACGGGCAAAAAUUCUCAUUAUGAACAAAAUAAAUCGAAAGAUUUUGUUAGCAAAAAAUAUCAAAUGAAUCAUUUAUUAUCUGAACGAUAUUUUGAAAAUACAAAUGAACACCGAUUAUGGCAUAAUAGUUCAUCAAAUAUUCAAAAUUCAAUAUAUUCAUUUAGUGAUGGUGAAUCAUCAUUUUCUAGUUGUUUAAAUAAUAUUGAAUUUACUGUGAUGAAUCAAGAUCAAUUAAUUAAUUUAGCUAGUGCAUUAGAUAGUCGAUCAAGUCGAUUAGAUUGUCGUCAAAAAGCUUUGAAACAAUUAGUACAUUUACCAAUUAUUGAUGUACAAGCAUGUGAAGUAUGGAUUUAUUUAAAUGACAAUCUUACAUCACAAUCACCAUCAUCAUCAUCAUCAACAGUCAUGAUGAAAACCACUGCCACAACUACAACUACAACUACAACAGCGACAACAACAAAAGUAACAUCUCCAUCAUCAGUUGCCCUAAUCAAUCAGGAGUUUUCCACUAUGAAUACUAAUACUACUACUACUAAUAAUAAUAAUAGUAGUAAUAAGAAUAAUUUACGUCGAAUCUAUUCCAUCACAAAUACACCUGGUAUUAUGGAUAAAAUGAAAGUAGACUAUAAAAAUUCGCAUAAAUUACCAAUAUCUGCCUCCUCGUCCUCCUCCUCCGCAUCAUCAACAUCCUCAUCAUCAACAUCGUCACCGUCGUUAAAUUUGAAAGCAUUAAAUCCUAUUCAACAAAGCAGACCAAUUGAUGACCAUAAUGCCAAUAAUAAAGAUGAAUCAAUUGAUACUACUAAUAAAAGUAAUAUUAGUAGUAUUAAUAAUAAUAAUCAAAAUCAAAUGACUAACAACAAUGUGAAAAUGAUUACAACCGGUGGUGGUGGUGGUGGUUUAAGACGUGGUUUAGCCGAUGCACUAAACGAUGAAGAUGAUAUUUUAUGGAGUCUUUCAUUACGAUAUAUAAGCAAAGGACUUUCAACUACUCCGCCAAAUAUUCGUGAAACUUAUAGUCUACUAAUUGAAUAUCUUCAAUUACAAUUCACUCAAAAUGCACAUCAAUAUCCAUUACUAAAAGAUGGUGUUGAUUUUCAACAAACUCAUAAUAAGAGAGUUUUAAAAGCAUGUUAUCUUAUGAAUAAAUUUCAUCAGACAAUCCCCUUUUAUUGGAUUCGUUAUUCUGAACAAUUUGUCAAUGAAAUUAUUGGAAAAUGUUUAAAUAUUUUAUCAAUUGGUUGUAAACAAUUCAAUGAAGAACAAAAUUAUCAUCAGCUACGGUUAAAUCCAUUUCAUUUAUUCAGCUUGGUUGAUUGUGAAACAAAAUGGUUUAUACAAUCUACAGUGAGUUUGUUAAUGAAAAUGAAAUAG